AUGGCCCUACUCAAGACUCUCAUCAUCAGCUGCGCUCUGUUCGCUGUCAUCGACUGUGCCCUGGUUCCGGCGGUGCCCGUCAACACAGACUUCGACCCUCAUCCACAGUACGCCUACGCCUACAACGUGCAGGAUGCCAUCACGGGAGACAGCAAGAGCCAACAGGAGGUGCGCGACGGCGACGUGGUCAAGGGCUCCUAUUCGGUAGUCGAUGCCGAUGGCUCGCUGCGCACCGUUUUCUACACCGCCGAUCCCAUCAACGGCUUCAAUGCGGUGGUGCAGCGCGGCCCAGUUCCAGUGCCAGUGGUUGCAGCAGCACCACGCCCCGUCGUACCCGCUGCCCCAUUCCUGGGCUGA